UAACAGAUUAUCUCAGCUCAGAAGGUGAUAGCCUUGUUGGGACUGGCCACAGGCAGUAAAAGUCUUCCUGAAAGCCCCAGGGAGGCUUUUGUGGGCGGAGGAUGGAGUAGGGCUGGGUGUCUGUGACAGUGUAAUGGGGGUGGAGAGAGUGUCUGCUGACAGCACAGCUUCUUAACCUCUACCUCGAGAAACACCUGAGUAUUAGCUCACAGCUCUUACAUUUCCUCUGCUGUGGCCUUUAUCUAAAGCUAUACCACGUCUCAGAAGAUCUGGAAUAUAAGGUGGUCAUCAGGUCCUCAGGAAUGGACAUGAAGGCAACUAGCAGCAGGAUCCCACAGAGACUUGUCCCUAAUCACCCUUCCAUCUUCCCUGUGUCCCGAUUAUCUGCACUUGUCUUGGGAAGAAAUUCUCAACCUGGAGAAGACAAUUGGUAGUGGAGGUUCUUGAGAAAAGUCAUGGCUUCAGCCACUGGCACCAGUAAGAUGAAAGAGAUUGCUACCUGUUCCAUCUGCUUGAAUCUCAUGAUAAAACCAGUGAGCAUCACCUGUGGACACAGCUACUGCCAGUUUUGUUUGCAGCUGUAUCUUGAACAGAUGCCCCCAAACCAGGGGCAGAUAUUUCCCUGUCCUCUGUGUCGGGAGCCUUUUCAUAAAGAUAGUCUGCACUCCAACAAGCAACUGGGAAAUCUCAUUGAGGUUAUACAGGAAAUGGAGGAGACAGAGGAUGAGCUGGUGUGUGAGGCCCACGGACAGCAGCUCCAGCUCUUCUGUGAGGAUGAUGGCCAACUCAUCUGCUGGCGCUGUGAACGGGCACCACAGCACCAAGGGCAUACCACGGUGCUGGUAGAGGAAGUAUACCAGGACUACAAGAAAAAUCUAGAACAGUCUGCCAGAAAUUUGAAUCAAUUUCAAGAGGAAUGUAAGAAUCAGAAGGUGUUCAUAACAACCCAAAUAACUGAAUGGAAGGAUAAGAUAGAGAUUCAGAGACAAAAUAUCAAGUCUGAAUUUAAGAAUUUCCACACUUUUCUGAAUGAGGAGGAAAAGUUGUAUCUUUGGAAGCUGAAGAAAGAAGAAGAACAAAUGCUGACAAGACUGAGAGAGAGCGAGGCCAACCUGGAGCAGAAGAUCGAGGAGCUCAAAAGCCACAUCCUGGAACUGGAGGCGAAAUGUCAGGGCUCAGCCCGGAACCUGCUGCAGGAUGUAAAAGACACCUUGAGCAGAACUUGCGCUGUGAAGCUGAAAACGCCCGAAGUCUUUUCCUUGGAGAUUCAGACUGUGUUUGAUGUUGCUGAGCUUUUCAUGAAUAUGAAGGCGAAGUUAAUGCACCUUCAAGAGGCUUCAUCAAAAAAGAAUAAGAAGGAGAAAACUAUUUCCCUAACAGACUCUCUGAAUGACAGUGGAGGAACUGAUAGAGUCAGCCUCAAAUCAGUCAGCUGGGCUGAUCAAACAGAUGACCUGGAAGAAGAGGACUCAACCAGAUGGCACAGUGGGGAUAAGGGUGUGUGGGGGGCUCCUAGGACUCACCACUCUGUCCUUCCCACUGCUGCAUGUGCUGCUCAGGAACCCAAUGUCGACUGGAGCCAUCUCCCCAAGUCUCCACCCUACACUGCUUUUCUUGGGAACCUGCCCAAUGAUCUGGCAGAAGAGUCCAUUAAGGAUUUCUUUAAAGGAUUAAAUGUUAGGGCGGUGUAUUUACCACGUGACCCCUGCAAUCCAAAAAGGUCGAAAGGUUUCAGUUAUGUUGAGUUUGAGGACCUGGAUUCCCUGCUCAGUGCUCUGAGUCUCAAUAAACAGUGUCUGGGCCAAAGAAUAAUUCGAGUUGUCUUAGCUGAUCAAGCACACCAAGAUAGAAAAAGGGAGCAUAACAAGACAGACUCAAACUGGAGGGCCCGUCCUGCCACAGACAGCACAGAUGAUGACAGUCUACCUAGAAGAGGUAGCAGUAGCUUUGGAAGCAAGUAUCGUGAUUGUUAUAGUUCCCAUGGUGAUAAGUAUCAGAAUGACCUAUCCAGAACUACAAAUCCAUAUGGAAGCCAGGAUUAUUAUGGUCACCGUAGCAACAGAGGCAGUGAUGGAGACUAUGAUUCCAGAAUAUACCAUAGCAGAAAAGCAUUUGGUAGUGGGCACCAUAGCAAUGAUCACUGCAGAGAAGAUGGGGACCCCUGUGAUGGCCAAUGUGCCAGAAAAGAUGAUGGGUCACAGAGCUCCAGAGAUGACUAUCAAGACUAUUCUUGGCGUAAUUGUAGGAGUCUGCCCCACAGACCCAGACUGAAUCUGAAACCUCAGAGUAGUCCUAAGGAAGAUGAUUCCUCCACUAGCCCUUCCCAGCCCAGUCGACCACUUUCUAUUUUUGGAGAGGCAAAACCCGUUGACACAGCCUCUAGGGAAAGAGAAGUGGAGGAACGGCAGCAGAAGGAGCAGGAGAAAUCACGGCAUGAGCUGGAUAAACCAAAACUGCAGGCAAGCUGGCGAAGUGAAGAGACUCAGGGGCAGGAAUGGUUAAGGAAAGGAAGGUUCCAAGGAAAAAGAAGUUUCUAGAAAAGAAGUCCCUAAAAAACGGUCAAGGAAAGUAAGUUUCCAUUGAAGACUGAGAAUCUCAGCCCUACCUGAAAAAAAAAAAAUACAUAAAGGAGAAAAGCAAGCCUCUAGUAAAUGAAAAUACUCAGUAAAGUGGAAGAUUGUCACUCUUCAAUUUCUAAGCUUCCCAAAUAUGAUCAGCUUCUAAAGGUAAUAACGGCCACUCCACUAAAGGAGAAUGAGUGGUGAAGUAAUCCUCCUGCUCCAUCUCAGAGCGCCGACAGAAAUCUCCUAGAUAUGGUGGUGGCCGGUGCGUAGCUCCAACUCAGCCAUCUGAAGAAAGACCAGCAAGGAAAGAUGAAACUAAAAGAGGAGGUGUGUGUGUCUACAAAGGUCAAACUGGGUGCUCCUGUCCCAAUCCAGGAGACAGGGAGAGAGACAGAGAGAGAGAGAGAGAGAGAGAGAGAGAGAGAGAGAGAGAGAGAGAGAGAGAGGACUGCAGCUUUAUUUUUUCAGAACCUUUUAUUAGCUCAUGUCUUUAGUAUACGAUGUUUGCAUUCCUUGUGGGGAGUUGGUACAUGUACACAUCUUAAUUUUUUUUUUCCUUAACCCUAUCAUUUUCCUCCCUCAUCUUUCUAUCCAUCUCGUAAGUCUUCCCCCAACUUUUUAAAUUGUGGUGUAUCCUUGUGAUACUCUGCUGUUGCCUGUGUGAUUAGUAUCUAGGGGCCUCCAUUUAGCAGAAAUCAUAAUGACAGAGAUGUAGCAUCUGAAUUGGUUGGGCAGCAAGGGAGAUAUAAAAGUGAAGUUUCUUUCUUUUACUUCUUAUCCUACUGUGGCAUAGAGGGAUUAUCAACACUAUCAAUAUAUUUCCUAUUCUUGGAAAACUUGAUUUAGUAUCUCAAAUUGUUUCAAUUUCCAGGACACUGCCAGUCCUUUCUCUUAUUUUUAUUCUUAUUUAUGGGGCCAGCCUAUGAGUAAUUCCUUUUUUUUUUUUUACCUCUCAGGGUAGUAGGGAGUCUAUAGGCCAUUAAUCAAUAAAAUCACUUAGGGACCAAAAUAACUGGGGGGAAAUUGAGAUUGUAAAAGAUGCUUUGGGGAAGUGAUAGAUUAUUUUGUACCAAGUAGUAAGAGAAAAAGAUGUGACCUACAGUAAACAUGUGAAUGAUUAUUUCCUGGAGCAGAAAGCAUAGAGGGGCAACGGGAAUUUCCAGACUUAGCUUCCUCUCUAAACAAUAACCUGUCUGAAAGUUCAAAUAUAUCUGCAUUCUGUUGAAACCUUGAAGCUUUAAAAAUUCAGACCCAUGUCAUCUCAUUAUCUUCAUGCUCCCUAUCUCCCAAAUAGCAGUCUAGCUAAGUUACAAACUUGACCUCUUAGGCAUUUUCUAUCUCAGUCACUCAGUGUUAUGAGAAAAAGAAUCACUGCUGUUCUCAAGCAAACCAGUUCAUUGGUGUGUUUUGGUUACCAUCCCUUCCCUCUAUUCAUGCCUGCUCUUAUUGAAUGGAUUCCUUCUAUAGAUUAGAGUACUCUUGAAAGUGAUUAUCUUGGAUGGUGAAUAAACAUGGAUGAAUAGUGAUAAUAAAAUUGAAAAUCUUUCUUACCACCUCAUUGGAAA